GGUAUCUGCGCGCAUGCGCGCUAGGGCUCCGCUCCGCCCACGCUGCAGGGGGCGAGCAACCACUGCCGCGCUCGGUGGGAGUCAAGGUUUUCACAUCCCUUCUACGAGUUUUGCCAUCUGUAGCUUUUACCAACAAUUGUGGUUUAAUCAAUUAGAAAUAGAGACGAGUCAUUAACCAGGAGAAAAUGUCAAAUCUAAAAAUGAAAGAGGCGGCCCUCAUCUAUCUUGACAGAAGUGGAGGCCUCCAAAAGUUUAUAGAUGAUUGCAAGUACUACAAUGAUUCAAAACAAAGCUAUGCUGUCUAUCGAUUCAAAAUUUUAAUAAAUCCCUCUGAUGUUGUUGAAUUAGAUGCUGAGCUUGGAAAUCACAUUUUACACCAACCUUUAAAAGCAGCUGAAGUUUUUCAAUCAGUCUGUUUUAUUGCUGUUAAGACUCUCUCAUUAAUUGGACAAUUGCAGACUGAAACACAAAUUAAUAUAGUGCUGAAAUUAACACAUUUACCUCCCCUGCCAAGUUAUGGUCUUGAUCUGUGUGAAUUUCCACUUGAUUAUACAUCUCAGAGAUUUUAUAUGAUGCAAGGAAUUGUGAUUGCAAUGACAACUGUAACCAAGUAUACACAAGGUGCAAGAUUUCUUUGUUCAGAUGAAGCAUGCCCUCUUUCAAAAGGAUUUCAGUAUAUAAGAGUGCAUGUGCCUGGUGCUACAGAAUCUGCAACGAUAAGAAAUGACUUUUUGUGUAAUCUAUGUGCAUCUUCACUUCAAGAAGACAGAAAAUUUAGAGUACUUGGUGAUAAACAAAUAGUUGAAAUAAUUGCCACAAAGGCACUUCAUGCUUUUCAAGGACAUUCUAACAACCAGCCAUUUAGGUUUCAAUCUGUUACAAUUUUCCUAAGAGAUGAAUCAGUGAAUAAAAUGAAUAUAGGAAAUGAAUAUAAAAUUAUUGGAAUUCCAACCUGUGUAAAAGCUUCACAAACUGCUGUCUGUAUAGAAGCAAAUAGCAUAACUUUUUGUAAUUCAAAAGUUCCUUCAGGAAUUAGUGACAAUUUCAGGUGUCUCCUCUCCUUAACUUCCAGCUCAUGCUGGAAGUUUACAGCAAUUCUUGCCAAUAUCUUUGCAUCACAAAUUACCCCUCCUGGGACUUACAAUUUGCUCAAGCUCUGUUUGUUGAUGAGUCUAGUACAGACAACUGACCGUAAGAAGGAACUAGAAGAUUGCCUGGAUAUUUUAAUUAUAACAAGUGAUACUCUACUCAUAGACAGGCUUCUGAAUUUUAGCAUAAACCUUGUUCCCCGUGGCAUACGUCAUCUAGUCUCUACUGAAAUUUUUCCCACUCUAUCCAGGAAUAAGUAUGGAACUGGAGCAGUUAGCAUUCAGGCUGGCAGUGCUUUGCUAGCUAAAGGUGGUAUCUGCUUUAUAGGAGACUUGGCUUCACACAAAAAAGAUAAACUUGAACAGCUUCAAUCAGUUCUGGAGAGCAGAAACAUCACAGUGUACAUCCCAGGAAAGAAGUUUGGGGAGGAUACUGAUCAACAGAUGACUUUUCCAGUUCAGUGCAGUUUUUGGUCUUUUGUUGAUAUGGAUUCAUCUUCAAGGAGAAAUGCACAGAAAAUCAACACUCUAAUUGGUCAGAUGGAUUGCAGUUUGAUUCCAGCUAACCUUGUGGAGGCAUUUGGUUUAUUGAUUAACUGCAAUGAGUCAUCUCCCUGCCACCCAUUUCUUCCUACUGUGCAACAUACUUUGAAGAAAGCCAUUAAUCCUGAAGGGCUGCUUUAUGCGGCUUCUAGACAGUUCACAACUGAAGAUUUUGAAAAGCUACUGGCUUUUGCAAAGAAUUUGAAUGUAGAAUUCAGCUUGGAAGCAGAAAGAAUGACUCAUGGCUAUUAUCUAGCAAGUCGCAGAAUCAGAACAGACUCUAUAUAUGGAUCAAAACUGUCGGCAUCUGCAUUAAAAUAUCUCGUUUUCCUAUCUGAAGCCCAUGCACGACUGAACUUAAGGAAUAAAGUGCUUAAAGAAGAUGUGCUGAUUGCAGCCUUACUAUUUGAAACAUCCCUCACAUUGAAAUAUGGGGCCACUGCAUUUUGUGUUGCUCCGAAUGCAGUAUUUCCAUUCAAACUGUAUAAUGAAGAAUACUUAGAGCAAAGGGAUCUCUAUCUAACUCAGUGCCAACAACAGCUGGAACAAUUUAUUGCCACAUAUGGACCUGGGACAACUAUUUUCUCUAGUGAUGAAUAAACAAUUUGAGGAAUUUUUGUUCAUUCCUACUUAAGCAGUGGAGAAAAAGUGUGAGUAUUUUGAGAGUGACUUUGAAGUAAUGCUUUGAUAAUACUUUGUACAGGAAUAUAUUACAAUACUAUUUUUAAAAAUAUAAAAUAUAGUCCCCUCAAAACUAAUUGCUAAUGUGAUAAAUACUAAUCCAAACCUCUAAAACCAACAGAAUUUUAAAACUUAGAACAAUGUGGACAAUUUAAAGUGAUGAAGUUGUCAAGGAGAAUACUAUAAAGAAAAACUGGUUAGCCCAGAAUACCAGUGGUGAAUAGAUAAAAAUGUAAAGAAUGUUGCAAUUUAAGCAGUGUGUAAAAUGUCAACCUUUAUGUAGUUCACUCUACUGUCACAAGAUGGCAAUAACUCUUUACCUACAAAUUAAAACAUUUUUCUUCACUAGUGAACUUGCUAAACUCAUGACUAAAUAUUUUAUAUAACCCCAAGUUUCAAAUGUAAGGCCUUUUCAUGCUUUAUUACUGGCAUGUCCAUUACAUACUACUGUUUUAGAAGCCCUAAAUAUGGAAUCAGGAAAAGCCUUGGAAGUUGUCAUGUAUAUGCCAGGUUAAAUGAAAAAAAUACACGGAAUCAAGGAGCCAAUAACUUAUAAAGUGGCUCUCUAACCCUAACUGGUUACAAGAAAGGUUCCAAAAGGCAAAGAAACCAACUUGCAAAUCUAGUCCUCAUUUUUGGAGGGAAGAUAUCUGCUGUGAAGAUAGGGGCAUCAUGAGAAAACAAAUCUACCUUGUAAAAUUUAUAAAUCCUUUUUAGUUCAGCUUCCAUAACUUUAAUAAAAGAUCAGUUCUAUUCACAGAAAAGCAAAAUGUCAUUACCAAAUUGUCACUUUAUUAACCAAGAUGCUACCAUGCAUCAAUUCUUUCAAAAUUGGUCCCUUAACAGAGAUGCUUAACUAUACAGCUGGACCUCUCAUUCUCCACAGGACCCAGAGGAAGUUGUUCAGUAUUAUUGAAUACCUACUAGUAGCAGGGAGAAAACAGUAUUAGUUUUCAGAAGCCAAAGGUAGUAUUUUUGUUGAGACGGGGUCUUGCUCUGUCACCCAGGCUGGAGUGCAGUGGCACGAUCUUGGCUCACUGCAACCUCCACCUCCCAGGUUCAAGCGAUUC